GUUUCGAAGGCUCGGCAAAAGAAACCCGGCCCUGGCAGUACCAGACCCGGCGGCACUCCCGUCGUUCCCAUCCAUGGCUUGCAUUGCCAGCUACGCGGCUGUGUGUACGUGGGCUUGCGAUUCGUUUUCUCUCUCCUGUCAGUUUGCUAAUUUUGCUUGCUUGGUUGCAUGCUCAGCAGAGAUUUCUCCUGCCCAACCAACCGCGCAUACCAAGCAUGACCUCCUCCUCCCUCUGCUGCUUCCUGACUUCCUCCCCUCCUCCCAUCUACUGCUACUUUAGCUGCUCCUCACCUAGCAGCUUCCCCUCGCAAGCUCGAUCAUCCGCGGGCGAUGCCCAUGGAUCCGUCCUCGAGCUUCUUCAUCAUCUUCUUCACUUGACCUCUUCUCUUCUCCUUGCACCCACUUCCACUCUUGCCUACUUAUUGUAGCUGAUCGAUCUUGAUCCGUCGCGAUCAAGCUGCUUAAUUUUAGUUUCACAUCUUGGGGAUCCGCUCCAUCGAUCCAUCCCGAACAACCGCCAUGGGCGAUGCGGCUGUGCUUGGUAGCAGGAGCAGCGCCACUCGGCACAGCUGCAAGGUGUGCCGGAAGGGCUUCCCCUGCGGCCGAUCGCUCGGCGGGCACAUGCGCUCGCACUCCCUGGCCGAGAUGGAGACCGCCGUGGAGGACGAUGCUGAUGGCAACGGCGAGGAGCAGCAGCAGCAGCAACGGCGGGGCCCGGAUUGCCUGAUGGUUCCAGGCGCCGGGGGUUAUGGGCUGAGGGAGAACCCCAAGAAGACGCGACGGCUCUCGUCGGGCCUCGACGGCGGCGACGAGAGCGGCGGUCGCCAGGACGAGUGCGGCCGCGGCGACCGCGGCGAGCUGCUCCCGGAGGUGAGCCACGAGCGCCGCCACGCUAGUCUCGGAGCUGUCAUGGAGGUGGAGGUGGAAGCGGAGCGGGAGCAGGAGGACGCCCCGACCGAGCCGGCUGCCGGCCUGAUGCCGGCGCCGAGGCGGAGGCGGCGCUCAAUGCGCGUGCCGGCCCCCGAGCCGCCGCCUGCGUUCGACAAGGAGCCGGAGGACGUCGCGCUCUGCCUCAUCAUGCUGUCGCGCGACAUCCUGCACCGCCGGGACUCCACCGCCGAGUACUCGCCGGAGAAGGACUACAGGAGGCGGCGCGAUCACCACCACCACCAUCACCACCACGACACCGACUCCGACGACGCCUCUGCUCUCUUCCAGUACACCGAUGUCGAGAUCAGCACCAAGACCAACAACAAGAGGAAGCCCAACAACAAUCGCAGCCUCGCCGGCGACGAGAAGCGGGCCCGGUACGAGUGCCCCGGCUGCGGCAGGGCCUUCCAGUCCUACCAGGCGCUCGGCGGCCACCGCGCCAGCCACAAGCGCAUCAACAGCAACUGCAGCAUCGCCAAGGUCGCGCCCGAUCAGGCCGAGCUGAGCGUCGAGACGGCCAACGCGUCCUUCAACACGGCGUCGCCGGACGCCGACCACGCCACCGACGUCGCGCACAGCACUGCGGUGGUGGCCUUGAAGGCGAAGCCGCACAAGGCGAUCAGGUUCGAGUGCCCCAUCUGCUUCAAGGUGUUUGGGUCGGGGCAAGCGCUCGGCGGGCACAAGCGGUCGCACUCGAUCGCCGGCGAGCUCUACGAGCGCGCGCAUGCCGACGGAGACGCUGGCAUCGAUGAAGCCAAGCAGCCUAUGGUCGCGGAUGGGUUUCUUGAUCUCAACCUGCCAGCUCCAGGUGCUGAGGAUUGAAGCAUGGCUGGUUGAAUUGGGUAUGUACAGACUUGGAUUCAAUUGAUUCUUUGGAGUUUCAGGUUAGAAGUGAGCUUGGGGAAUAAACAAUGCAACUUGAUAGUUUUGCUCGAUUCAGCAAGCUUUUUCAGGCUAUUCUUUUUACUAGGUCUUUUUGGUCUUCUUCAUAUGCAGAGAGUAAUAACAAACAGUAAGCAUUUCAUCUUCUGAAAUUGGAGAAACUGAACUGAUACAAUGAAAGGCUUUCAAUUUGGCUCGGCA